ACAAAACUGCCAACACCCAAAACAGAGAUGACAGGUGGAACAAUGUUAUUGGACCUUAUUUGAAACUCGGUGCAACCAUGGCGGGUUCUUCCUAUUAUAAUGGAUGACAUCCACAAGAAUGGACGCCAUCAAGGACCUGUCAUCAUGUCGUUAUCUUUGGUUUCACAUGUAAAUUACUCGGUACCCUCCAAAACACACAGCCAAAACAAACAUUGUGAUGCCUUCUGCUCCCUAUUACUAGCUACUUCCCGUGUUCAUAACCAGUAUAUUCUUCAAGCUCAAGGUUUUUCAUCUUCUUCAUUAGCCCUGUCGUUAUUGAAUUGCCCUGACAGAGGAGAGGGGAGCUUCGAAGGGAAGAGAAAGAUCUAUAUUUAUGGCUGAUGCAUUUGACGAGUAUUGUGAUCUACUGUUCAAAGCUGUUCUGAUCGGUGACUCUGGAGUUGGGAAGUCAAAUCUGCUCUCCAGGUUUACAAAAGAUGAAUUCCGAUUGGAUUCCAAGCCCACCAUUGGUGUGGAAUUCGCCUACCGAAAUAUCAAGGUCGGAGAUAAACUCAUCAAAGCUCAGAUAUGGGACACUGCCGGCCAAGAAAGGUUUCGAGCCAUAACAAGCUCAUACUACAGGGGAGCAUUGGGAGCACUGCUGGUGUAUGACAUAAGUAGGCGAUCAAGCUAUGAGAGUGUAAGAAAGUGGCUAUGGGAGCUCAAAGAAUUUGGGAACGAAGAUAUGGUAGUUAUUCUGGUGGGAAACAAGUGCGAUUUGGACCAGUCGAGAGAAGUUGAGAAGGAAGAGGGCAAAGGAUUUGCGGAGACAGAAGGGCUGUGUUUCAUGGAAACCUCUGCUCUGCAGAAUGUGAAUGUGGAGGAUGCAUUCUUACAAAUGAUCACAAAGAUCCACGACGUCACCACCCACAAAAGUUUGGAAGUCAAGGCCAACGGCACAGCCACCAGUAUUCCAAAUGGGAAGCAGAUCACUGUGAUGGAUGAAGUUACAGCAACCAAGCAAUCUAGUUGCUGUUAUAGUUCAGGUUGAGAGCUCUGCAUUUGCAAUAUGUUUCGGGAUUUUGCAAAUGUCGUGGGGUCUUCUAUACUUAAUCAUCUUACCCAUUUCUCUUACCAAUUUUCUUUACGCUGCCUUCUCUACAAUUCAUGAUUACUUGUUCUCUUCUAAAUGAUGGACUCAUGACCCAAUCACAGAAUCUAAAUGCAGGAUUUUCUAUCAUAUAUACAUCUUGUUUUGCUACCAAA